UUAAAGUAUAAUUGUUAGAUAAUAAUUAAAAGUUUUUGUUCAAUGAUGGUAAGAGACCCUGAGUCCUCACAUCCUUUGAAUUAUGCUGGCAUUUUUAAUCGAACACCAAAUCAUUAUACCAUCAAGAGUUUCUCAGGCGGUGGCAUAGGAGGAAGAUACCAAGAAUGAACCACAGAAAUGUAUUUCUACAUUAGAGCCAAGGGAGGUAGCUUGGACAUUGUGCCUCAAAAGUAAUUUAUAUAAGUUGUCUUUGCUUAGCAGCUCAGUAGAAGUUUCCCUUGUUGUUGUUAGGGCAGAGAAGCUCUAGAUAUAUGUAGAGUUUUAUGCUGGAGAAUUUUCCCUAAGCUUUGCUCAAUGGAGUUUCUAAUUUGAGAGAAAGAAAAGGGUUAAAAUCCAUCAUAAGGAGAGAGGCAUUAGUAGCUCAGCAAGGUCCAACAGACUCGGGAUACAAACCAAGUGACAAGACAGCUCAUUAAAUCCUGAGACACUAUAAUAAGGAAAUCUACAAGCCUUCUAGAGGGCUGAGUCUUAGCCUGGUGAUCUCCUUUGUGUCAGCAAUUGCUUUUCAAACCAAUUGUAUUCCUCCGUAAACCAGUCUUGUUGCUAAUAUUCACUCUCAGACUAAUCGCAAAACCUACCUCUAAUUCAUUUUAACCCUUCCCUUCACCAUAAGUUAAAAUUAUUCAA